GCAACAACUAGCUAGUAGGAGGCGGCACUGGCAGUUGACACGGCGCACACACUUCUAUCUUCAGACAUUGGACAGACUCUUCAACAUGCUCUUGUGACCAUUAAUAUAAAUUGGCCUGACAAAUUCAACUAUUUGGGGGAGGGGAUGAUACAAAUAUACCACUUUGUAGGAAGGAGUAAAGCGACCGUCGGUCAUCACUUGCAAAUAAACACCCCGGAACUGGUUAGCUAGCUAACGUUAGUAACGUUACGCUCAGUUGGCUAGCUUUUUAUUGGCAAUGUUUACUAGCGUUGGUUGCUAGCUACACAAUUGUCAACACGCGUGGAGAAUAAACGUUUGGCCUGUGUACUAUCAGCAAGACAACUUGUUCUCAACACCGAAAACUUCACGGCGACCUACCACCACUUGUAGCUCCGAAAAUGGCUUCAAGAGGGGGCUUUCCGGCUACUCAGAUGAACCCCAGUGUUAACCCCAUGAACGCUGGACAUGCAGGCGGUGGAAUGAGGAUGCCAGGAAUCCAACAGAAUUCGGGUUUCCGAGCCAUGAAUGCCACUCCUCAGUACCAUCAGCACCCUGGUAUGCCUUCCAACAGGGGGAUCCCGAUGGGGCCAAUUGGGGGCCCUGGACCCUCUUAUGGGGGCGGGAACAUGCCCUUACGCAUAGGAAUGGGGCAAUCAGCCAUGGAUGCCUCUCGAAAGCGAUUCCUUCAACAACAACCGCAGGGGGGGCUGGGAGGCCCAAGGCGUGGCAAAAGGCGCAGGAUGGCCGACAAGGUGCUACCACAGAGGAUACGAGACCUGGUUCCAGAGUCUGAGGCCUAUAUGGACCUGCUGGCCUUUGAGAGGAAGCUGGACCAGACCAUCGCCCGCAAACGCAUGGAGAUCCAGGAAGCCAUCAAAAAGCCCAUUACGCAAAAGCGCAAGUUGAGGAUCUACAUAUCCAACACCUACACUCCCGGCAAGCCAGAAGGCGAAGAGGCAGAAAAAGUGUCAUCCUGGGAACUAAGGGUGGAGGGAAAACUCCUUGAGGAUCCUGGGAAACAGAAGAGGAAGUUUUCGUCCUUCUUUAAGAGUCUGGUCAUUGAGCUCGAUAAGGAACUGUAUGGACCUGAUAACCACUUGGUAGAGUGGCACAGGAUGCCCACCACCCAGGAGACAGACGGCUUCCAGGUGAAGAGACCAGGGGACGUGAGCGUGAAAUGCACCCUGCUCCUAAUGCUGGACCACCAGCCCCCACAGUACAAGCUGGACCCAAGACUGGCCCGGCUGCUAGGUGUACACACCCAGACACGGGCUAGCAUCAUGCAGGCGCUGUGGCUCUACAUCAAGAACAACAAGCUGCAGGACAGCCAUGAGAAGGAGUACAUCAACUGCAACCGCUACUUCAGACAGAUUUUAGGCUGCACACGUAUGCGGUUCUCUGAGAUUCCCAUGAAGCUGGCUGGCCUGCUGCAGCAUCCUGACCCCAUCAUCAUCAAUCACAUGAUCAGCGUGGACCCGAACGACCAGAAGAAGACGGCGUGCUACGACAUUGACGUGGAGGUGGACGAUCCUCUGAAGGCCCAGAUGAAUAGUUUCUUGUCCUCCACUACCAAUCAACAGGAGAUCGCCGCCCUGGAGAUGAAGAUCCACGAGACCAUUGAGUCUAUUAACCAGCUGAAGACCCAGCGAGACUUCAUGUUGAGCUUCAGCAACAACCCGCAGGACUUCAUCCAGGACUGGCUCAAGUCCCAGAGUCGAGACCUUAAGUUGAUGACGGACGUGGCAGGUAACCCAGAGGAGGAGAGGAGGACUGAGUUUUACCAGGCCCCCUGGGUGCCAGAAGCUGUGGGCCGAUACGUCUACUCUAAGGUGCAGCAGAGACGACAGGAGUUGGAGCAGGUGCUGGGAAUUCGACUCACCUGAGUCAUUAUGGAGCAUAGCUCCCCAAUCCACUAAAACAAAACAAGGCACAUUUUUAAGAUUGUCUUAAACUCCCAGUUUUACAUUAAUCAUAUCCAAAACACAACCACAGAACUGGAAUCCGCUUCUAUCAAUUCGCAUUGCCUUUUUCAACCACUUUGUAAUAGCAUAUGUUUAUAUAUAUAUAUAUUAUUCUAUAACUAUUGCAGCUAAUGUGUCUUUCAAUCACAAAGCCUUAUGGGAAUGGUUUGGUGCAAUGGUUUCAGCAGGGUAAAGGCUUUUGAGUACUUGGCUGGUAUCUGUUAGUAGCAUUUUUGUCUCCAAAGUAAUUACUUUGAGACCAAAGUAAUGAUUUUACAUGGUCUUGCUUAUAGUCUCGGCUUUCUCUACAUUACGAGGGAUACUGUUUGACAGCCAGCUGAUUCAAAUAUUUGCCUUUUUAUAAUAUUGCAAGAUGUACAAAUGAGUUUGUAGCUUUCUUCUGACAUUUUGCUUAUGAUGUCUUAACUUGAGUCAAAACAACUUGACAGUACCAAUGCUUAUGUGCCAUUUUGUUGUGUGUGUUUUUACCAUAGAUUUUCAAGGCUAUGGAGAUGAUUUAGUUUGGAGAAAGUACCUAAAGCCUAGUAGCCUUUACACAAACCACGCUUGUUAGAAAUACAGAAUAAUAUCCUAGAAUCCAUGUUUGGAUAGGACACUCAGGAAAUCGUAGUGCUGGUAAAGGGGCUGUUCUAUUCACUAGGAAAGGAGCCCACUUUGUCCAGCUGUUUCAGUCCAUUUGGAUUUGUGUUUCUCUGUUCACAUGCUGUUUUGAUUGGUUGUUAGGGUAUUUCACUGUCUGAAUUCCAAGGGGAUGGAAGAUUGGCAGUUUGGGUGGGUGCAAGGGGGUCUCUCUAAAAGGAAUACUUUGGGAUUUUGGCAAUGAAGCCCUCUACUUUCCCCAGAGUCAGAUGAACUCAUUGAUACUGUUUGUCUCUGCAUCCAGUAUAAGGCACUUAGAGGUAGUAUCGCAAGCCACUGAUAACUAGCGUUAGCGCAGUGACUGGAAGUCUAUGGUAUCUACUAGCAUGCUAAUAGAUUCCAUAUACUUCCAGGCAUUGCGCUAACGCUAGUUAGCAACUUCCAAACUGCACGCAGGAACAUAACAGGGUAUCCACAAGUUAAUCUGACUCUGGGGAAGUAGAUAAAGGGCUUCAUUGCCAAAAUCCUGAAGUAUCCCUUUAACUUAAUUUAGGAAGUCUGAAACUGUUAUUUGAAUGAAUAAGAAUCCAAACCAUAGUAGUACUUCACAAUGUGCAUAUGGUUGUCCACCAUUGUAUUUUCAUGUAAGUCUUAAAGGGAUAAUCCACCACAAAUUCCUAUGAAACAUUAUGCCAGUCAAUAUCAGCAUGUGAGGUAGCUAGCUACCUGUAAAAUCACCUAGAGAAACUGCACUGUCAAUUUAGGAAGUAUUAAACAGAGUUUAACUCGCAGUUCAUCUCUGCCCAGAGCUUCAUACAGUCAUUGGCCCACAGCAAGUGCAGAAAAUGUUGCUAUGGCAACUAUGGCCCUUUCCCACAGACACACAGGGUGCAUAUGGUACUUGAAGGAGAAACUGGGUUGAAUCAUUUGGUACACUGUUUAGAUUGAGCACAUCUAAGCAAAAUAUGUACUUUGUGAUGCCGGUAUAAAUGGAUGGAUGUGUUCUAGAGAACUAUGCCCAUACCAUCUAUUGGCAGAUUUGGUGAUCUGGAGUGCAGGUAAUUGUUUUAAAAGCGAUAUUAAAUGUAAUGAGGGAUAACAACACUAUCUCCAGUGACAAGAACCAUGUAGCUGUGAUACGUUCCUACACGAUUUUCACAGACUGACCACUUAGGAGUUAAAUCAUGGGGCCAUUUUUAUUUUACCCACUGAUAGAACAGGCUUUCCCAAAAUUGACAGGCUUUACAUGACUUUAAUUUCUGGGUUUGGAUUAUCCCUUUAAUCAAUUCUGAACAAAAAUGUAAACGCAACAUUUUAAUAAUAGUAAUAAUUUUCAAAGUUUUUAUUGAGUUACAGUUCAUAUAAGGAAAUUAGUCAAUUGAAAUAAAUAAAUUAGGCCCUAAUCUAUGGAUUUCACAUGACUGGGCAGGGGUGCAGCCAUUUGGUGGGCCUGGGAAGCCAUAGGCCCACCCACUGGGGAGCCAGGCCCAGCCAAUCAGAAUGAGUUUUCCCCCACUAAAGGGCUUUAUUACAGAUGAUCCUGCAGAUGAAGAAGCUGGAUGUGGCGUUCCUGGGCUGGCGUGGUUACAUGUGGUUGUGAGGCCGGUUGGAUGUACUGCCAAAUUAUCUAAAAAAAAUCAAAACAACAUUACAUUCCUGCACUCAGCACGCUCCCUCAAUUUGAGACAUCUGUGGCGUUGUGUGACAACUGCACGUUUUAAAGUGGUGUUUUAUUGUACCCUACACAAGGUGUACCUGUGUAAUGAUCAUGCUGUUUAAUCAGCUUCUUGAUUUGCCACACCUGUCAGAUGGCUGGAUUAUCUUGGCAAAGGAAAAAUGCUCACUAACUGGGACAUGCAGAAACUGCGAGAAAUCAGCUUUUUGUGUGUGUACAGGACUUUUUGUUUCAAGCUCAUGAAACACUUUCUGUGUUGUUUUUUUUCAGUGUUGCUUGAAUGUUUUAUAUGCAGGUUUUUACUUUAGGAAAAUGUCUAAAUGCCUAUGAACGUUCCAAGAAUCUGAUUUUUGUCAGUGCCAAAAUUGUUCUUGUGAAAGAGAGCAGUUACGUUUCAAGGAAUCUCACUGCUGUGCCUGUUCCGCUUGAUUUUCUACGAUAUCUUUGUAGAAGUUUGCAUGUUUUUGUAACUUCAAUUGAAAGCUUUUUAUACAAUUAUACUCGGGGGUGCCUUUGGAAUAUUUCAUAAAAUAAAUAUACUUGAAGAAA